AUGCUUCGUUACAAGAAGCAUAAGAGACAUGCAGAUGGCCUUGCUGGAAGUGGUGUGGGAGUAAUGGAUGAUACAGACCGAGAAGUAAGCAGUUUCACAGAUCGAGCUUUUAGAAGUUUGUGUGUUGCUGAAGAAGAACCAUUCAAUGAUGUUCCUCAUAUACCUUCCCCAAUUAGAGGAAUGCCACUUUCCACAAAAUACCACCUGGGCAUUUUUAACCUUUCAGUAAGAAAGACUCAGCCUUUGGCACAGCUACCCACUAUAACACGACAGCGUGGAAAGUGGGCUCCAACAUUCCAACCACUGCUUAACUGUGCAAAGCAUGGGUUGAUAGUUGCCAAGACCAACACCAAUAAGUUGUGUGUUCCUCAACCCACAGGAUAUAAACCAUCUUCUAAGGUGUCAUCUCUUAUAAGAAGCUUUGAUAAUAUUGAAAAUGAAAGACCAGAACAGGAUGAAUUUUCUCUCUCCAAAGAUGUCCAAAAAGGCAAAAUGAAUAUGGAAGAAAUAUCCUUAUGUCAGAAAGCAGAACACAGUGAUGUGAACAAUGAAGGUUUAGAAUCAAUCAAUCCAGAUAAUUUGAGUCCUAAUGAAAGUCGUAAUUCACACAGGCGCACAGCCAGAGAAGUAUUUUUGGAGACUCAGGCAGAAAAUUGUUCCAGGCUGUCAGUAUCACCAUGUUCUUCGGGAUCACCAUUAUCAGAUAAACCCAAAAAGUUGAUAAAUCAUAAGGCGUCUUUGAGAAGAACAGUCUUUCUCCACAGCGAAAAUAGUGCAUUUAAAUCAUGGAGUGAUAACAAUAAAAGACACCUUAGAGAGGAUGAUAGUGACAGUUCAGUCCCUGGAACACCUCCUAUUCUAAGAUCAACAACACCAUGCUCUCCUUUACUUCAAAGAACAACUCCUGGAGUAAGAGCAAGAGAUGCAGGACUAGAGGUAGGAUGGGCUUCUCCUGCUUCAACACUCUCUAACAGCUUUGAUGCUAUUCAGAUGUUAAGGACUGUUCCUCCACUUCCCAACAAAAGAAUGACAAAGCAAAAUAGAGAAUCAAUUCACAGGGCUCCAAAGGUCCAUGCAGAGAAUAAGAUCCAAGCAGAAGAUAUGCAAGUAGAUGUAGGAUAUCAGUCGCCUAAAGAGCCAGUCAGCAUUUUAGCCAAAUCAAAAUCUCCUAAAAAAUUAAAUUACGCAUUAAACACAAAUCAGGAGAAAGAAACAGUGUCUGAAACAUCACAAGCCCUACCGAAACAGAAUGAAAAAGUUCAAGAAAAAGUAGAUUCCUCCCAAGAGGCAAGGGAACCAGAAACACCAGCCAAAGAAGAUGACAUUAAACUGUCUAAUAAACCCAUACCACCAUCUGGAAGAACUAAAACAUUAAUACAGCAAAUAGAAAAAGACUCAGUCAAAGAUGUAGUUCAACUACGUUUACCAGAGAAAAAAGAACAUUUAAAAGACUCCAAUGAGGCAUCUAUGGAGACUUUGCCAAGCACACUUCAUGCAAAACAUUCAGACUCAAAUCUCCAUUCAAACAGCAACACCCUUGUACCCCCAUGGAGGAGAAUACAUGUUCAUAAGACAGAACUGGAAGAUAAAUUGUUCAAUAAAAGUUUAACCAUGAAAGAAUCAGCUACAGAACAAUCUAACGAAAACAUGACCGCAAAUGAAGAUUCCUUUGAAGACAAGCCCAGUAUCUCUUCUUUUAAUAUCACAAAUCUUUUAACUCCCAUUAUAAGAAGAAAAAGCAUACAAGAAGCCCUAGAGGAACAGCCAAUGGCAAUAACUCCUCCACCUGCUGAUACAAAUACAUCUAUUGAUCAGGACCAAAGAGAAAUUAGCUUGUAUCGUAAGCGAAAUGACUAUAAAUCUAAAGCUACAAGUCUACUAUUCAAUCUGAAAGACAUGAGAAAGAGAGUAAAGAGCACAUAUAAUCCUUCAGCAAAUCUUCGUAAUCUGUAUGAAAAUAAUCCAACAGCAGAUGCCAGGCUACAAGAUGUUUCAACUUAUGGUGUUUCUUUAAUGGACACAAGUAAACAGGUGUCACAAAUUGAAAAUGUAAGCAACGUUGACCAAACAUAUGUACCAAGGCUAACUAAAGAAGAAGAAGCUAAACAUGAUUUUUUUCAAAAUAGUUCUGAUAACUAUUUAUGUUUGAGUUCCCCACUACAAAUAAUAACAUGUAAUGUAUUUGAAAAUGCUGAAAUUCCAACAGAUGAUGUCCCCACAGAUGAAAAUAUGCACAAAGAAUAUAUUCCAUCUUCUCAUCUCAGUCCUAUUGAACAUAACCUGAAAAAAGAUGUAGACUAUCCUAUACUGAAUCUUUAUCCCAAAGAUGAUACAAGUGUAAAAGUGGAACAAAAAUUGGAUGAACCAGUUUGGAGACAAAAGAAAGAAUAUUUUCCUUUACAAGAAGCAAAUAUUAAACCUGCCAGCAAGCAGGAGGAACCAUCAGAUAUGGUUUCCUUGCCAACAAAUUAUAUCUUAGAAAUUGAUGUGGAAAAUGCAGAAGGCCGCACAAAACAAUCUUUAGACUCCACAGAGAUGGUAAAUCAGUGUUCAGGAGAAGGUGAUGAAGGUGGAAAACAGAAGAUAAAAACUGAUAGCCUAAAGGAUGAUUUACAGUAUUAUGCAGUGAGUAAUUGCAAUAUAGAGAGCAGCAAACAGCAUGACAUACUAAAGGAAGAUAUUGAAGAAAAAGAAGAAGAUAAAGAGCCAUUAGUAAGUGAUAAGCAAGGUGAAGAAAGUACAAAUACAGAGGAGAUUAAAAGACCAUCUAGCAUAACUCAGUUCAAACCAAACUUAUUUCACAUAAAAGACAAUAAAAGUAAAUCAUCUCCGGUUACAAAAUCAGUGAGGCCUCUUUUAAGAGGUCUUUCCGAAGACUGCCUAAUUUUUCAUAAGGGAGAAGACAAUAGCUUUGCUAUAGGCAAAGGAGAUUUUAGAUCAACAAAACCUAGUUCAUGGAAAAACAGGGAUGUCAAAAUAGACGCAAGUAAAGGACAAAAUAUUGCAGCACAUAAUGGAGAAAAACAUUGCAGUCCUAUAGCUACACAAUCUGUAUUAGAGUCUCCAGACCACAACAACAGAGAUUAUAAACAAAUGAAAACACAAAUUAAAGAACGGGACAUUCAGGAGCCAUGGGAGGAGCCUUGUUGUACGACUCUUGAAUGGAGGAAAAAUGAAGAGGAAACUGUAGAUUUAGUCACAGUAAAUAAAAGCCCCAAUAGAAAUUCACCACCGCUUGAUGGACCAUUUUUUCAUCCAGUUGAAACCUGUGUCUCAGAAGUGACUGGACUGUCACCUGAAUGUAGCACCUUGCUUGGGCACCAUGCAAGUGACUCCAUAAAGGACUUGGUAAAUGGAGAACUUCCUGACAGUGCAAAUACAAACUAUUCUCCACUUGACAAUGGACUUCUACAAUUUGAAGAUGCCAUAUCCUUUUCAGAAGACAUUGCCUGUUCAACUAUAACCAGCCCCAUGUCAGAAAGUAUUACUUGCUCUGUGGUAGCCAGUCCUAUGUCUGUGAAUACACAAAGCUCUGGAUUUACUACAGCUCUUUCUGCAUUAGAUGAUAUGCCAAGCCCACCUUUACCAUGUGUAAAUUCACGAAAUGAAAAGUCCAACCUCUCAAUCCAUGAUGUGAUGAGUAUAGUUCCUACUCCUUCUAAUAAUGUGGAGACCAAAAACAGUGAGUGCAUAAGGCAGACACAGGAAAAAGCACCUUGUGUAGGAUCACUGAAUAAUGCUCAUGCUGCAAAACCACCAACAGUUCCUCCCAAAACUGAGAAAGCUCUACGUCGUGCCAAACGCCUGACCAAAAAACACAGGAAAACUGAAAUCUCCCCAAAGAUACAUGAAGGGGACUUUCAAGAGUCUGAUUUUGUCGUGGAUGUUCCAUCUCCUGCCAAUAACAUCCCAUCUUCAAUUACAACACAAUCAAAUUUCAAAGCGGGAUCCUGCAUAUCAAGAACACUACAGCAGGAGGAGUCAAUUUCUAAAGCUUCAACCCCAUCUCUCCCAACUACUCAACGCAAACUUUUGCAGGACCCUGAAUCCGGACAGUACUUUGUGGUGGACAUUCCGGUCCAUUUUCAAAUCAAAACCUUUUUUGAUCCAGAAACUGGCAAAUAUCUGCAAAUGUCACUACCACCAUCAGAAAGAUCAACCCCAAUAUUGGAAAUGCCCAACAAGCCAUCUAUGUUAUAUCAAGGGCUUACUCCAGUACCGGUUACAUCCAUAGCAUCACUGAAAAAAGUGUCACAGAUGUUGAAUAAUAGUGGUUUGUACACUGGAGAGAAAUCAGGAUCAUGGCAUGACGGAGAAGAUGACUGCUUAAAAAUGCAGCAAUCCAUAGAAUGUGAUUCAUGCGACAUGAGCUUGGCAGGCACUCCACUUAGCAUGAACAGAAAUACAGAAAGGGCAAGGAGUCCAGAUAUUAUUUCAAUGAGAGAUAUAGAUGAUUUUGCUAUGGAAGCAAUCUCAUGA